AUGGCACCGAAACGCAAAUCUGACGUUGGACCUGGCGCUGCAGAGAAUGAGGCCGGCCGUGCCUCUAAGAUCAGUCGUACACCUGCAUUGAAUACAGAAAAUACCAGUACCGGCCAUAGAUUUGGCGAGACGGCCGACUUCAUCGCCCUGCCUCCACUUUCACAGUCUUUUGAUUUCGAUGAAGAUGAUGAGGGUGCUGCCGAUGUGGUCCAAGGCUCCCAAGAUGAGUCCGCACUGACGACUUCGGUUCUCUAUGGUAUUGUAUCUACGCAGAUUGUGGGAGUUCGCUUCUAUCGAGGCCGCGCCAAUCCCAAUGAGCGCGUCCAAGUUAUUCGUGAUGCCAAUAAUCAAUAUGAUCGGAACGCGAUCAAGGUUGAAAACGUCAUGGGUGCCCAAAUUGGCCACAUCCCACGGCAAAUGGCAGCCAAGCUGGCCUCCUACAUGGAUGCUCGUGACCUCAUUAUUGAAGGAACUUUGACCGGUGAAAUCGGAAGCUUCUCUUGCCCGGUUGAUCUGAAACUCUUCGGAAGCUGUGACCCGGUACAACGGUCUAACCUCAAGACGCGUAUGCAAAGUGACAGACUUCCCGUUCGGCAACUGAAUGAGCUGGAGCGUGAAGAGCGCACAGCGCAGAAGCAACGCGAGAAAGAGCAGAAAGAUGCCGCAAAGAAAGCUCGCGCCAUGGCUCUGGGCAAAGCCGCAGGCUGGGAAGCCAAUGAAGACUCCGCGUUCUCGAAUCUUUCGACUCCCACCGGCCUUGGUCAGGAGAACGCGAACAUGGAAGAUCUUUUGAACCAAAGUACCACCUUCAAUCCUCGAGACAUCGGCCAAGCCAUCGAGAAGUUUGGUCAGAAGGAAGCUGAUUUGAUUAAAAUGCCGAUGGCCGACACCCCCGCUGGUCUCUCGACGCAAUUACUUCCCUAUCAGCGCCAAGGUCUCGCUUGGAUGAUCAAGCAAGAAUCGCCCAGUUUCCCCGAAAUGGGUUGCGAGGAUAUCGUUCAGCUGUGGAGGCGGCACAACAAUGUUUUCUUCAAUGUUGCAACCAAUUUUGCCACUGCUGACGAGCCAAAACUUGCCAGUGGUGGUAUUCUGGCAGAUGACAUGGGCCUGGGGAAGACGAUUCAAAUCAUCUCUCUCAUUCUCGCGAACUCCAAGUCCCUUUCUGGAGAAUCUUCCAAGACUACUCUGAUCAUUGCCCCUGUGGGUGUCAUGAGUAACUGGAGAAACCAGAUCCACGAUCAUGCCCGCCCAGAAACCGCGCCGAGUGUGUUGAUUUACCACGGCUCGGGCAAGAAAGAAGCUGCCAAUCUGGCAAACUAUGAUGUCGUUGUCACCAGCUAUGGCGCUCUGGCUAUGGAGUUCAAGCCCGACGCGAAGAAGCCACCAGCCAAAGGCAUCUUCUCUCUUCACUGGCGCCGUGUUGUGCUUGACGAAGGCCAUACAAUCCGUAACCCCAAUUCCAAGGGCGCUCUCGCGGCGUGUGGUUUGAGGAGCGACUCUCGUUGGUCACUGACAGGAACACCCAUCAUCAACACUCUCAAGGAUCUCUACUCCCAGAUUCGCUUCCUUAAAUUCACAGGUGGCUUGGAAGACCUCAAAAUGUUCAACAGUGUUCUGAUCCGUCCAUUGAACACGGGUCAGCCAGAAGCUCGUCUGCUUCUCGAAGCUCUCAUGGGUACCAUCUGCCUUCGUCGCCGAAAGGACAUGCAGUUCAUCAACCUGGAGUUACCGGAAAUGACAUCUCGUGUCAUCCGCAUCAAGUUCAAUGCCCACGAGCAAGAGAAAUACAGUGCAUUCCAAAAGGAGGCACAGGGCGCUCUUCUCGACUUUAAGGAGAAGGACGGCAAGACCAAAUUCUCACAUUUGCUCGAAGUCAUUCUUCGUCUCCGCCAGGUCUGCAACCAUUGGGCACUUUGCAAGAACCGCAUCGAUAAACUGAUGGGCAUGUUGGACCAGCAAAAGGUGGUCCCACUAACCCCCGAGAACGUCCAGGCUCUGCAGGAAUUGUUGCAAAUUCAAAUCGAAAGCCAAGAGCUAUGCGCCAUCUGCCUCGACAAUCUCGACCAGCCCGUGAUCACAGCUUGCGCGCACUCAUACUGCCGAGGCUGUGUGGAACAAGUCAUCGAACGCCAGCACAAGUGUCCCCUCUGCAGAGCAGACAUCGCAGACACCAACACCCUUGUCUCCCCAGCCGCCGAUCUUGGCGAAGAUACCAACGCAGUCGAGGCAGACCCAGACAGCCCCAGCAGCAAAAUCGAAACCCUGGUCAAGAUCCUGACUGCCCAAGGUCAAGCCCCAGGCACAAAGACCGUCGUCUUCAGUCAAUGGACGUCAUUCUUAAACCUGAUCGAGCCCCAGCUCGAGAGACGCGGAAUCAAGUACGCCCGCGUGGACGGUAAGAUGAACUCCGUGAAGCGCGACAACUCCAUCAAUGCAUUCUCCAAUGACCCCGAAUGUACCGUUCUCCUCGCCAGUCUGAGUGUGUGCAGUGUCGGUCUCAACCUCGUGGCAGCGAAUCAAGUCAUCUUGGCUGACAGCUGGUGGGCGCCGGCUAUCGAGGAUCAGGCUGUGGAUCGGGUUUAUCGACUUGGACAGAAGCGGGAGACCACAGUCUGGAGACUUGUUAUGGAGGAUAGUAUUGAGGAGCGGGUGUUGACGAUUCAGGAGCGAAAGAGAGCUCUCAUGCUUGCUGCGUUCCGGGAGACAUCUAAGAAGAAGGCUGAAGAUAGAGCUACGCGUGUUGCGGACCUCGAAGCACUAUUGCGGUAA